ACCUUUAUUUACUUUUUAAAACAUGACAUCAGAUAAGUCUAUAAAGCUUAGACGAAACAGGAUUUAUUCAUUAUAAAUACUUGGGAUACACCAAAAUUUCCAACUCACCGCGACUCGACUUGAAUUGACUCAACUCAUCUCCGAAUUGCUGAGUUGCCCAAACCCGGUAGCCAUGUUUUCUCUGAAAGAUAUUCCAACCUCACCGUCGGCACUGUUCGCGGCCUAUGCCUCAUUCUCGGCCUCCAUGAUGCUGAUUCGGUCCAUGGUCAACGACAUCGUUCCCUACGAGCUCCGUGUCUACCUUUCCCUAGCCCUUCGUUCCCUCUUCAAUCCUCUCUCCUCCGACCUCACUCUGCUCGUGGACGAGUAUUGCAGCAUGACUCGAAACCAGGUCUUCGACGCCGCCGAGGUCUAUCUCCGGACCAAAAUCAGCCCCUCGACCGAUCGUCUCCGAGUGAGCCAAACCCCGAAGCAGAAGUCCCUCACCUUCUCCAUCGACAAGGGGCAGGAGGUCACAGACACAUUCCAGAACAUCCGAAUCAAGUGGCGGUUCGUCUGCACCGAACCCGAUAAGAACACCCACAGCCGCGAGAAGCGAUUCUUCAACAUCACCUUCAAGAAGAAGUUCAAAGACGUUGUGAUGGAGUCCUACUUGCCCUACGUGUUGGUCCGAGCGAAAGCCAUUAAACAGGAAGACAAGGUUUUGAAGCUUUACAAUAGAGACUGUCCGUCUUUGUCUAAAUACUGCGACGAUGAUUAUGAGGGUACCUGGGGUUCCGUGAAUCUGGAACAUCCGGCGACAUUCGACACCUUGGCUAUGGAGCCGGAGCUGAAGAAAGAGAUUAUGGAGGAUUUGGAUAGGUUUGUUAGGAGGAGAGAUUUCUAUAAGAAAGUUGGGAAAGCUUGGAAAAGAGGAUAUUUGCUAUAUGGUCCUCCUGGUACUGGGAAAUCGAGUUUGAUUGCGGCCAUGGCUAAUUAUUUGAAAUUCGAUAUCUAUGACUUGGAGCUGACGAGUAUAUACAGCAAUUCGGAUUUGAGGAGGGUUUUGUUGUCUACCACCAAUCGGUCAAUUUUAGUCAUCGAGGAUAUCGAUUGCAGCAUCGAGAUGCAGAAUCGGCAAGACAACGAUCAUUUUGAUGCUUCCUACAGCGGGCUGACACUGUCGGGAAUAUUGAACUUCAUUGAUGGUUUAUGGUCGAGCUGUGGCGAUGAGCGAGUCAUCGUGUUCACCACCAAUCAUAAAGAUCGUCUCGACCCGGCAUUGUUGCGUCCUGGUCGAAUGGAUAUGCACAUCAACAUGUCCUACUGCACCAGCAAUGGGUUCAAGAUCUUGGCCUCUAAUUAUCUGGGUGUUCAUGGAAAUCAGCACCAUCUCUGUGGAGAAAUUGAGUCCAUUGUCGAUAGCAUGGAGGUCACCCCAGCUGAGAUUGCAGAGGAGCUUAUGAAGAACGAUGAUGCGGAUGUUGCUCUUACAGGACUUGUUAAUUUCUUGAAACGCAAGAAGAUUGAGAUCGAUGAGAAUAAGAAAGCUGAAGAGAGUGCUAAGAGUGGAGUUGAAGGAGAAGCAACUGAACCUCAAAAUCAAAUUGCAAAGAGGCAAAAAAUAGAUGAUAAUAACGUUAAGAGAAUUGAGAGAAUUGUGCGAAACUUUAGGAGGCCAAUUGUGAGAGGCAGAAGAAGAUCCUUUCAGAGAUUUGGAUUCAUGCGCCAAAAGUAUUUAAGUUAUUAAUUGCAAAUUCUGAAUCCAUUCGGUUUUCAAUGAUAUUUUUACUAUAUGACAGUAAAUAUUACUUCUUCAUUUUAAUAGAAAAAUAAUCUUCUCAGA